AUGGGGAACAACAACAGCACGCAGAACAACACCACCCGAGGAGGAGGAGGGCAAGAGGAGAACGACGACACCUCUUCCCUCGAGGGCGCUUUUUCGCAAGGCGGUGGGUCGAGUCAUCACAGCACGUACGAACACGGACCGGUGACGCAAACCGUACCGAUCCCGGGCGCGCAAAGUUCGCACCUGAAUAACAUCACCGGUGGGGGGUUUGGAGGCGGGAGAGGAGGAGGAGGAGGAGAAGCGCUGGAACCGGCGCUGGUGCCAGUCGCCAUCACGUGUGCGUCCUGUUUUUCGCCCCGUUCGUUAGAGUUUAGUAUGCGACGUUCGUUUUAUCGAAGUCGUCGUUUACGCCGUCGUCCUCUUCGUUAG